UUUAGAAUUAGAGACAAAACCAAGAAGAGGAAACCUUUGUAACCCUUCCUCCCAGAAGAAUGUAUCUUUUGGUGAACCUGGCUUUUCUAGGACGAAUUACUGGUGAGACUUUCUUUCAUCUUUAUGAAAAUGGAAAUUUCACACUUACGUGCAAUGGAACAGUGGCUAAUGGGAAGAAGGAAACAGUUUGGUAUGAAACUGAAGAAUCUCUGCAACAAUUCCAAGUAAUCAACUGCAGUAAUCAACAGCCCAAAGUAAUCAAUGGACCAAAGCAGUGCUCUGAUAAAACAAAGUGUACAAACCAAUUAUCAAAUUCUGCUUCCAAAGCUGGUGGGGUAUUUGCAUGUGAGCAAUUUACAAAUACCGGAACAUCACAGACUUGCCCACUUUUUACCAAUGUGACUCACUGCAGACAUUAUAACUUUUUUAUUGUGGGGAUAAUAAACAUGGCUGCAGAUAAGGAGACAUUUGAGACCAUUCCGGCAAAAUCACACAAUAAUCAUUUAAUAGAAGAAGAAAGUAACAUCACUCUCUCUUGUGAAUUUCAAAUGAAGCACUCAGGACAAACAUUUGUUAUAUAUUGGAUCAAAUAUACAGAAACAAGCAAAUGCCUGUUUUCUGUUGAGAGAGAGCCAUAUACUUUCUCGUAUAAUACACAUUGCUGUAUUGAUGAGAUGAUCGAAGGACGACUAUUGAACUAUAUAAGCUUAGAUUCAGAUGAGAAACAUGUAGUCCAUAAUAUAACUAUCUUGAAUGUUACUGACUCUGAUAGUGGAACUUAUUUAUGUGUUGUAAAUACCUGGUCAAGAGGUAAACAUGUGUGGAAGAUUGCAAAUAACCUUUCAAUAGAAGUGAGGAAUCGAGCCAUUCCAUCAUCUGCUUCCGUGCCAUUGUAUGCCACCAUUGGAUUGAUCGUAGGGAUUAUCAUCAUCAGUGGGAUAGCAUGGUUGAUCUAUAAAAAGAAAAUCAAAUCAAAAGGAAAGCCAUCUGCACAACUUCCCAGAGUUCAGGCUGCUCUUGAAAUUCCAGGAGAUGAAUGUUCCCUGUACAGAAUGAGCAGCAGCAAAGACUUGCAAACAUAUGAAGUGUUGUGUUCAAGCCCAUAUGACGACCCAAAUACAGCCUACUGUACAUUGGAUAACACUGCAGCAUCUGGCAAGGGGCCAGGAGAUGAAGAGUAUGAUAUAACCUAUGAAGUGGUGCCACAAUAG